AAUCUUGAAUGAUGACAUACCUCUAAAAGACUACAGAAUUGAUGAGAACAACUUUCUGGUGGUCAUGGUUACAAAGCCCAAACCUCCAGCUACUCCACAGAUUUCUCCUCAGGCAGCCACAGCCCCAGCCUCUACCCCUGCUCCUGCCCCUGCACCUCCUGCUGUUUCUGGGCUGUCCCUCUCUGACAUUGCCCGACCUACCUCAUCCCCUGCCCCCAUGGAGAUCUCCACCCUGUCCCCUACAUCCACACCUGCACCUGCCUCAAACCACACACAAGCAGUGGAGUCCUUCACACCCCCUGCACCAGCCCCUGCUUCUAUUCCCCCUGCAGCCCUGGGGACCAGUGCAUCCCCAGCAGCAGCAGCAUCCUCCCUCUCAGAGGACAAGCCUGAGGGGGAGCACCCUGAACAGCCCUUUGCUACACCACCAGCCCUCUCCUCCUCCAGGUAUUGACUCAUGAUAAAAUAUUUUAUAUCUUAGGUCGUUUAAAGAUGUGGAUGGCAAACAUGUUUUUAGUUCAUAAAUGUGUCUGUUUUGAUCCCCCAAAAAUUCUCUCACAGCCUUGUUGAUGAUUUAAGUCUCCUGGAAGAAGCAGCAUCAAUACUGGGUAAUCAAGAG